GGAUAGAGAAGAAGAGGGGAAACCUGAGAAACGUAACGCGCAGAAGAGAACAAAGGAUGGUGUAGACGCCGUGGCGUCAUGUCUGUCGUGUCUGCAGGACCUCCGAGGUGGACAUUCGUGUAAGAAAAUGUAUUCGUAUGACGGUCCUUAAACCUCGCCUCGGGCGUGCAUUCUCGUGUAUAGAGAGGGUAGGAGAGACAAGAGUGGGAGAGAGAAGUCGGGGCGCCUGUUAUCAACAGGGAGGGCGUUGGAGCGAGAGCGUGAGGAAACGGGGGAGAGAAAGAGGGCUAGCGAGAGAGAAAGAAAGAGAGAGAAAUAGACGGAACGAGAGCGAGAGAGAUAGAGGGUGGCUGUGGGAAGGGAAACGUACGACAGAGAAGAUAACGAUGCUCGAACGUGAUGCUAUGCACGACCGCGAGGGUUGUUCCGAACGACGACGUGUCGUCCGAUUAACAUUGCCUCGAUCGCUCGUUAAAGCCUCGACGAAGCUCAUUAGUCACCCUUACAAAGAAACCUUUCCAAGUCGAAGAGCUGCGUGAAACUCGAUUUUACGGUCUGCGGACGGCAAUUCGCGCUUCGCACAAUUCGUGGGACACGGCUCGCUCUACAUCCCGCAGGCUACUGUCGACUGCAACGUAAUCGUCCCACGAGCUCGCCUUCGGCUUCACCGUCAUCGGUCCAGCAUCGUAUCCGCCUGUUGUCGUCCGCGCUGCAAGAUGAACGAACGAUCCAAGAGGGAGUUCGUAGUGCGUUCGGCGCGCCGUGAGACGACGAGAUGAAAUCGCGCGGUGUUAUUUAUCGACCGAAAGAUCCGAAUCGAUUUGCGUCACGUCGAGUAAUUCCGAUGAUGGUGGUGCGCGGCUUAACAGUCAUGAUAAGCGAGCGCGUUCUUAUCGCAUUGUUGACGAAACACGUGUACGAGACGCGUGUGUGAUUGCGCAUCGAUUUGACUUCGCUCGCUCGGAUCCACGUGUGCAAGCACGAAACGCGCCGGAACUUCGAGGAACAGAUCACUCUCCAGUAACCGUUUCAGAAUGAACGUGACGAUGAUCAACGGUGCCACAAGCACCAUGGCUAAUAUUAUCAAUCUCGAAUCUGAAAGACUCAGCAAGGCGAUCGGUAGCAACAUGACUAACGACGGUGACGUUUCACCAGUGACCUUGUCGUCGGCCUGGUCCAGAGUGGCUCGACUUCUGCUGUUGGCCUCUCUUGCCGUCGGCGGAAGCGUGGGUAAUGUCUUCAUGAUAUCCGCCGUCGUAGUGGAAGAUCAGCUGAACAAGCGAGGAAACGCAUUCCUCGUGAACGUGGCGCUGGCGGACCUGCUGGUGACUGGCCUGGUAAUACCGGUCUCGGUGAUCGUAAUCCUGGCGGGUUACGCGGAAUCCCUGGGUGCCUGCCGAUUCGAGUGGACCCUCGAGGCCCUUUGCUUCCUGGUGACCGUACUAACGUUGGCCACAAUCGCCGCCGAAAAUUACGCACGUCUGUGUCUGCCCGCCGAAAGAUACGCCAGCCUGACGGCGGGUCGUGUAACAGCCACGAUCAUCAUCGUCUGGUUAAUCGCCGUGACAGUGGUAGCCUUGCAAUCGUCUCUAGACAUAGGUCCUGACUUUUGCCGUCGCAAGCUCAGCGGCAUCGCGAUGGAGCAAGCGGUGGGUGCGAGCGUGCUGGUCGGGCUGCCAGCUCUGAUGACGAUCUUUCUCUAUGUGAAGCUGGUGAUACGCGUGCGACGAGCCACCCGGGGCUCGUACAAACCGCCGGCCGCCUUCUCCUGGGACUACGAGCUCACGAAGGCGAACAUGUGUAGCUGCGUGAUGUUCGUCGUAUUCUGGCUGCCGUUCGGCCUGGCGGUCUGCGUGAAUUCCUUCGUCCCGAUCAGCACCCGCGUGCUCUACAACCUAGCCUGGUUCGCCCUGUCCAAGUCCUGCUUCAACAAUCUGCUCUACUGCGUGGCGGACCGCCACUUUCGCAGCGCCUACGUCAAGCUCUUCCAUUACUGCUGCUGCAAGACCACGGUGAGCUUCUCGAGGAGACCGCGCGGUGGUGAGGGUAGAAAUUCUAGCGACGUGCGUCUCAGAGUGCACAUUAUUCACUCGUACGCGAGUCCGUCGUCCUGCCGUCCGACUGUGGCCAGACCGAACGGACGUGACGUCUAUGAGCUCUAGACGCGACAAUUGCGAUGCGACGCGAUGCGAUGCGAUGCAAUGCAAUGCGAUGCGAUGUGAUGCGACGCACGUAGGGUGCACAAAGUGGAGGGAUGCCGCCGAUAAAGAUGUCCUCGCGGCAUCUAUACAAACGCUCGUUACGUGAGAGUUCGCUUUUGCGAGAUCGGGCAAUCAUUGUAUCGACGCACAAAUGACGUCGCACCGGAGUUGCUUCCGGUAUGGCCUUAUAAAGAAUUGAUUCUUUCGUUUCUUGAUU